GGGCCCACUGGCCCCUUUAAAGCCUUGACAUCAAGAGGCGGCCCCAGCACCCCCUUCUUCUGCCCCCCGCCCCCGAGCCGCGGCCAUGGACCCGGCGGAUCCGGCCUGCCCUGGCCCAGCCCGACACCUGAUUUCGGCGAGGUGACCUUUCCGGCUGCUAGAGUGAGUGCGCCAGCCUGGGUGAGGAGGCAGAGAGCCUGCCAGGGCUUCUCUCGCUUGUUCCCAGGGCCUGAUGUCAGAGGCCAUGGACCAGCCCGCCGGGAGUCCCGCAAAGCCAAGGCCGGGAGAGGGUGGUGACGGCGCCACGGAGCCGGGCACCUGCCAGGAGCUCCUGCGCCGCCUCCGGGAGCUAGAGGCAGAGAACUCGGCACUUGCCCAGGCCAAUGAAAACCAGCGGGAGACUUACGAGCGCUGUCUAGAUGAGGUUGCCAACCACGUGGUGCAGGCACUGCUAAACCAGAAGGACCUGCGGGAGGAGUGCAUCAAGCUGAAGAAGAGGGUGUUUGACCUGGAGCGACAGAACCAGAUGCUAAGCGCCCUGUUUCAGCAGAAACUCCAGCUGACGACAGGCUCCCUCCCUCAGAUCCCACUUACGCCACUCCAGCCUCCGUCCGAGCCACCAGCCUCUCCGUCCCUGAGCUCUGCCGAGGGACCGACCACUUCGCUGCCUCUGGGGCACUGUGCUGGGCAGAGAGAGGUGUGUUGGGAGCAGCAGCUGCGGCCAGGAGGCCCAGGACCCCCGGCCGCCCCACCCCCAGCACUGGAUGCCCUAUCCCCAUUCCUUCGAAAGAAGGCCCAGAUCCUGGAGGUGCUAAGAGCCCUGGAAGAGACCGACCCCUUGCUUCUUUGCUCGCCUGCCACCCCCUGGCGGCCUCCAGGCGAGGGGCCCGGCUCCCCAGAGCCCAUCAACGGCGAGCUGUGUGGCCCACCUCAGCCGGAACAGUCAUCCUGGGCCCCCUACCUACUACUAGGCCCUGGGGGCCUGGGAGGCCUGCUACACUGGGAACGCCUCUUGGGGGGCCCAGGGGAGGAAGAGGGUGCUGGGCGGCCCUGGGGCCCUAGUAGGGGCUCCUCCCAGACCCAAGGCACUGGCUCUGGGCCACCCUGUGCCCCAGGCAGCAGCUCCUCCUCCUCCUCCGAUGAGGCAGGUGACCCCAACGAGGCACCCAGCCCUGACACCCUGCUUGGGGCCCUGGCCCGCAAACAGUUGAACCUGGGCCAGCUCCUUGAGGACACAGAGUCUUACUUACAGGCCUUCUUGGCUGGGGCUGCAGCAGGCCCACUCAGCGGGGACCAGGCCGGUCCCGGGCAGCCAUCUUCCCCAGACCAGGGGCCCCCGCAGCUGUCCAAGUCCAAAGGCCUCCCCAAGUCAGCUUGGGGCGGGGGUAUCCCAGAGGCCCAGAGGCCGGGCUUUGGUGCUACCUCAGAGGGCCAGGGGCCCCUCCCCUUCCUCAGCAUGUUCGUGGGUGCAGGUGAUGCCCCCCUGGGCUCGCGGCCUGGCCACCCCUACUCCUCAUCUCAGGUGAAAAGCAAGCUCCAAAUUGGCCCCCCUUCUCCUGGGGAAGGCCAGGGACCCCUUCUGCCCUCUCCAGCCAGAGGUCUCAAGUUUCUAAAGCUGCCUCCAGCUUCGGAGAAGGUCCCCAGCCCAGGAGGCCCCCAGCUCAGCCCCCAGCUUCCCCGGAACUCCCGAAUUCCCUGUCGAAACAGUGGUUCUGAUGGCAGCCCGUCCCCACUGCUGGCUCGCAGGGGUCUGGGUGGAGGAGAGCUGUCCCCGGACGGAGCUCAGGGCCUACCCACCAGCCCCUCGCCCUGCUCCACAGCCCUGGACUCCGCGCAACUCAGACCUCCCCAGCCAGCCUUGUCCGCCACGCUGUCCCCGGGACCCGUGGUAUCUCCCUGCUACGAGAACAUCCUGGACCUUUCCCGGAGCACCUAUAGGGGGCCUUCCCCAGAGCCACCUCCAUCCCCACUGCAGGUACCCACCUACCCACAAUUAACUCUGGAGGUGCCACGGGCCCCUGAGGUCCUCAGAAGUCCCGGAGCUCCCCCCAGCCCCUGCCUCCCGGAAUCCUGCUCCUAUGUGAGUGCCCAGGAGAAGAGUUUGGACAAAGCAGGCCCGGAGUCUCCCCAUCCUGGCCGCAGGACCCCCAGCAGCUCAUCCAAGAAGCCCAGCCAGGGGGCAGGGCGGCGACCUGGGGAUCCUGGCUCUACCCCUCUGCGGGACAGACUGGCAGCCCUGGGGAAACUGAAGACCGGCCCCGAGGGGCCAGAGAAAAAUGGAGUGCCAGCCAGGCCUGGCACCGAGAAGGCCCGGGGAGCAGGGAGGUCAGGGGAGAGCACUGGAGAAGUGGCACCCCCCGCCCCCAGGCCUCCCGAAGGGCCAGAAGCCAAGGGGACCCCACGGGGGGCAGUGGCCUUAGGCACAAGCAGCCUGAAGCAGCAAGAACCUGGGCUCCUGGGGGACCCCGGGGCCCGGGUCUACUCCUCUCACUCCAUGGGGGCCCGGGUGGACCUGGAGCCUGUCUCCCCGAGGAGCUGCCUCACCAAAGUGGAGCUGGCCAAGAGCCGGCUGGCAGGGGCCCUGUGCCCCCAGGUACCCCGCACCCCUGCCAAAGUGCCAACCUCAGCCCCCAGCCUCGGCAAGCCCAAUAAGAGCCCCCAUGGCAGCCCUACGAAGCUACCGUCCAAGUCACCCACCAAGGUGGUGCCCCGGCCUGUGGCCCCACCGACCACUAAGGAGCCCCCGAAGCCUGACAAGGGGAAGGGCCCCCCGUGGGCAGACUGUGGCGGCCCUGGGGCCCAGCCUCCAUCCCCCGCACCUGGCCCUGCCGACCCAAGCCAAGGCCCCGAGGGGCGGGCCCCACACUCAGCCAUCGAGGAGAAGGUGAUGAAGGGCAUCGAGGAGAACGUGCUGCGGCUGCAGGGCCAGGAACGGGCGCCAGGCACCGAGGUCAAGCACCGCAACACCAGCAGCAUUGCCAGCUGGUUCGGCCUUAAGAAGAGCAAGCUGCCCGCGCUCAACCGCCGCACAGAGACCACCAAGAGCAAGGAAGGGGCCAGCGGGGGCUCCCCACUCCGGAAGGAGGUCAAGAUGGAAGCCCGGAAGCUGGAGGCUGAGAGCCUCAACAUCUCCAAGUUGAUGGCCAAAGCAGAAGACCUCCGCCGGGCACUGGAGGAGGAGAAGGCCUAUCUGAGCAGCCGGGCCCGGCCACGGCCCGGAGGACCGGCACCGGGGCCAAGUGCAGGGCUGGGGCAGGUGCAGGGCCAGCUGGCUGGCAUGUACCAGGGCGCGGACACCUUCAUGCAGCAGCUGCUCAACAGGGUGGAUGGCAAGGAGCUGCCGCCCAAGAACUGGCGGGAGCCCAAACCCGAGUAUGGCGAUUUCCAGCCAGUGUCCUCUGACCCCAAGAACCCCUGGCCAGCCUGUGGGCCUCGAAACGGCCUGGUGGGGCCUCUUCAGGGCUGUGGAAAACCUCCUGGAAAGCCCAACAGCGAGCCAGGAAGGCGGGAAGAGAUGCCCUCAGAGGACAGCCUGGCUGAGCCAGUGCCCACCUCACACUUCACAGCCUGUGGCUCCUUGACUCGCACCCUGGACAGUGGCAUUGGGACCUUUCCGCCCCCAGACCACGGCAGCAAUGGGACCCCCAGCAAGAAUCUUCCCAAGACCAAGCCCCCGCGGCUGGACCCCGGCCCGGGAGUGCCCCCAGCUCGGCCCCCGCCCCUUACCAAAGUCCCCCGGCGCGCCCACACGCUGGAGCGCGAGGUGCCGGGCCUGGAGGAGCUGCUGGUGGGCGGGCGGCACCCCAGCUUGCCGGCCUUCCCCGCGCUGCUCGCCGCGCCCCCGGGCCACCGGGGCCAUCAGGCCUGCCCCGACGAUCCCUGUGAAGACCCGGGCCCUCCCGCCCCCGUCCAGCUGGCUAAGAACUGGACCUUCCCCAACGCCAGGGCAGCCGGCAGCUCCGCCGACCCUUUCCUCUGCCCGGCGCGACAACUGGAGGGGCUGCCCAGGACCCCCAUGGCCCUGCCCGUCGAUCGCAAGCGGAGCCUGGAGCCCACCAGCCGCCCGGCCCCGCCGCCCCAGGGCCCCGCCUUCGGGGGCAGCCGCACGCCCAGCACGUCGGACGUGGGCGAGGACGGGCGAGGGGCCAGCGGGGGUCCCCCGGGCCUGGAGACCUCCGAGUCUCUGAGCGACUCCCUCUACGACUCGCUGUCGUCCUGCGGGAGUCAGGGCUGAGGCUGGGCAGAGACCGCCCGGCUGGGCCGUCCGAGGUGCUGGGCUCCGCCCUCCAGCUGUGCCAGCUGUGCCAGCUCCGCCCGCCCCGCCCGGGCGCUGGAGUCGGGGGCGAAGGGCCGCGCUGCCUUCUCUCCCUGUCUGCCCUGGCCCCCCGCCGUCUGGAUGGUGCUGCCCUCCCCCCCCCCCCCCCGCGUCUUUGGGGUCCGUCUGUCUGUCUUUUUGUUGUUUUUUUAUAUUAAAGCGCCUGGACCAGUCCCCACCCACCCCCAUCCCCGCACUGCGGUUAAUUUAUCUGUCCUUAAGAACUCGGCUGCUCUGCUUCCAGCCUCUGCUUCUGCCCUCUUCCUAAUAAAAUGUGGAGGCCCCUCCCUGGCCUGGA